GGAGCGAGGGAGAUGGUGUCCGCCUCCUGUUCUUCCCUGCCGUUCUUCAGAGGAGCCUGAUCGGGGACAAAACACGCUGAACUCGACACAAAGCAGGGGGGCACACGCUGGCGCUGGCGCUAGAGGCGAGCCCUGGGGGCUGGGGCUGGGGAUAGGAGCGAGCGAGCCAGGGAACAGAGCAGCGGGGCCAGAGAAGCCGGUCAGGAACUCCGCGCCCAGGACAGAGCGGAGGAGCCUCGGAAGGAAGGCAGCAGCGCCCCGGAGCCUGAGUGUGCAGGGACACUCUUGGCAGGGAAGGCGGCGGCGGCAGCGAUGGAGAGGAAAGUCUCCUGAGUAGCACCAGCAAACUUCAGCGGUGCCCUAGCUUCCCUGGCCCCUCUCCUUCCGUGCUUUCCUCCCCGCGCGCCUUGUCGUCCCUCCCCAUGUGCAGCCUCCCGGCUGAAGCUCUCCUCUUCGCAGGCGGAUGGGUGACCCUUUCCUGGCAGGGGCAGGCUGUUUGAGGCGGCGGAGCAGGCGAUGAAGAAGAAGCAGCAGCAGCAGCAGCACCACAGCAGCACCGACCCCUGGACCCAUGUGGCCCCCCUGGGGGGAGCCCCUCCGGGGCCGGGCAGCUGGAAACGCCCCGGUUCCUUGCUGCCUUUCCUGCGCUUCUCCCUCCGGGAUUACGGUUUCUGCAUGGCCACCCUUUUCGUCUUCUGCUUGGGAUCCCUCUUCUAUCAGCUCAACGGGGGACCCCCUCGCUUCCUGCUCGACCUGCGGCAGUACUUGGGUAAUUCCACUUAUUUGGAUGACCAUGGACCAUUUCCUAGCAAGGUACUUCCUUUCCCAAGCCAAGUGGUAUAUAAUAGAGUUGGAAAGUGUGGGAGUCGUACUGUAGUCUUACUUUUGAGGAUCUUGUCAGAGAAACAUGGAUUCAAUUUGGUUACAUCAGACAUUCAUAACAAAACCAGACUGACCAAAAAUGAACAAAUGGAAUUGAUUAAAAAUAUAAGUACUGCGGAACAGCCUUAUUUAUUCACUCGUCAUGUUCAUUUUCUCAACUUCUCCAGAUUUGGAGGAGACCAGCCCGUGUACAUCAACAUCAUUAGAGAUCCUGUCAACCGAUUUUUAUCAAACUACUUUUUCCGUCGAUUCGGUGACUGGAGAGGGGAGCAGAACCAUAUGAUCCGCACACCAAGCAUGAGGCAGGAAGAACGAUAUCUAGAUAUCAAUGAGUGCAUUCUUGAAAAUUAUCCUGAAUGUUCAAACCCAAGAUUAUUUUACAUCAUACCAUAUUUCUGUGGACAACAUCCAAGAUGCAGGGAGCCUGGUGAAUGGGCCCUUGAAAGAGCAAAACUGAACGUGAAUGAACAUUUCCUACUUGUGGGGAUCCUUGAAGAGCUGGAAGAUGUGCUGCUUUUACUGGAAAGAUUUUUACCUCAUUACUUCAAGGAUGUGCUCAGUAUCUACAAAAACCCAGAACAUAGGAAACUUGGGAACAUGACUGUGACAGUAAAAAAGACCGUCCCCUCUCCUGAGGCCAUUCAAAUUCUCUACCAACGCAUGAGAUAUGAGUAUGAAUUCUACUACUUUGUCAAAGAGCAGUUCCACCUGCUCAAGCGCAAAUUUGGACUCAAGUCUCAUGUCAGCAAGCCACCUGUGAGGCCACAGUUCUUUAUUCCUACUCCACUGGAAACUGAGGAACCAAUAGAUGAUGAGGAGCAAGAUGAUGAAAAGUGGUUGGAAGACAUCUACAAGAGGUGAUGCAAGCACCAUGCCAACCUCCAAUGGACUCAUCCCUCUUUCUUGAGAGCUUUUUUGUUUGUUUAAAAAGAAUCCUUAAGGGACUAAAUUAAUGCACAGUUGCAUUAAAAAAAACAUUCCCACAUGAUGGGGUGAAUGGGAGAUACCCGGUUUUGCAGGUUUUAUUUGUUUAAUUUUAUUGUGUGUUUUUCUUGGCUCCCUAGGAUCCUUUCUAGGACACCCUAGAUGGCUCCAACUCAAAACAUCUCAUCAUAAAAUAGCUUUCCUCAGUGUGUUUGGGAAGGACAUUCCACCUUCAAACAGCCUGCCAUUUGCAAAAUAAUUUGUGCAAAAUAUUCAUUGCCUCCAUGGUGAUAGAGGCAUCUCAGUCCAUCUCAACAAGAAUACAAGUCAGUUUUCACAAAGUCCAGGGGAAUUUAAGAAUCAUAUAAUUGUCCAGGUCACAAAGUAAAUAGGACAGCCAGCUUAAGUCACAAUAGUUUAUAAAUAGGAAGCAUUUCCCAGAGUGAAUUGGGCCUAUUAGUAUGGAUGAACUUUUGCCUUGGAAGCCUCAAGAAUUUCAAUUGGUAAAUGGAAUUAAAUUGUCUUGUCAGUACCUUUGCUCUUGGGAGUGAACACCGAACAAUAGCAUCAGCAUAAGUCUCUAUGGGCAGUUUGUGCUGAACAACCAACCAGUUUCGUGUUUUGCACUACUUUGAAAUACAUGCCAAGCUCCAUUGAGAUAGCUAAUUCUUAAGACUAUUACUCAUGGGUGAUAAAGUGACACGGAUGAGAAAAGAAGUCACUGGGGGAUCCAGUUGAACAUCUGGAGUCCGUAUGAAUAGUAAAGAGAAAGACUUAUUAAUGAGGUUUCAGGGCUUCAGGGUUCAUGAGGAAAUGGCCAUAAUCUUGAGCUAUUUCUAGCCACUAUAAGCAUCCUUCCUCUUAUAUUGCUUUGAGAUGAAAUCCUAAGUCACCACGUUAGGGACACUUCAGGUUUUCUGAAGAAGUCCUACCACUAAGGACAAAGUCUAGUCACGGUAACCAUAUCUAACUCAGCUAAUAAAAGGCAAACAACAGAGGGUGAAGCUUCUUUGAAAGAAAAAAGAGUUAUAAAUCCCAUGAGACACUCUUGAACCAACUUAACAUCAUAGGAUUACGUAAGUAGAGCUAGAAAAGGCCUUGAAGGUCUACCUAAUCCAGGGGUUCUUAAGCCUUGAUGUGUUAUACACCCCUUUGGCAGCCUAGCAAAACCAAUGGGCCCCUUCUCAGAGUAUUAAUUUUAAAUGCAUAAAAUUAAAUACAUAGGAAACCAAUUAUAUUGAAAUACACAUGCAAAAGUAUUUUUAAAUUCCAUAGACCUCAGCUUAAGGACCCCUGAUCUAAUCCAGCCCUUUCAUUUUAUGGAUGAGAAAACUGAGGCUCAAAGGCUGGCCCAAAAUUACACAUGGAUUUAGUGGCAGAGUAAGAAUUCAAACUCAGGUGCUCUAGCUGCAAAUCCAGGACUUUCCACUCAACCCUCAAUACUAAUUAUGUUUUUGUCUCUAUUCCCUCAGUAAGCAGCUACACUCAUAGACAAGGGUGAUGAGCUCAAUGCAGGUAACAGUAGGACCACAGUUCUGCCCCUGGCAAAAGAUCAGCCUUGUAUCGAUCACCUCACCCAACUAGCUUUACCAACAGAAGGCUGCCAUUACAAGUGUGCAUGAUUUCUGUAGUAUUAGUUGAGACCCCAGUGUUGAAAUAUUUUUUUCCUCUGACCUGAUUUCCGAUAUUACACAAUGUGAGAUGUAUUCCUUUGGAUUAAAAUGCACAUACCCCUAGAAAAGGUUAAAUCUUAGUGAAGAUUAUUUCCAAACAGGGAAAAAGGUGAGAGAAGGGAGCAUGCUGACCAACUUUGCCGACUUCACAGUUUCACUUACCAGCAGGCCUGCAGGUGGCGGCAGCAGCGUAUUAGUGGGGUCUGGUUUACACUAAAUCAAACUUUGGGCUUUUUACAAGCCACAUAUUUUGAUCUUCUUCAAACAUAUAUAAAUUGUUCAUGGUCCCUCAGCCCCCCCCCCCUUAUAUUGGACAAUAGUCAAGCUCUAAAACAAGUCAUUUGACAAUAGGCAAGUCCUCCCCAAAGCUACUUUAUCAUGAGAUGUCUUAAGAAGUCUCCACACCCACAGGAAAUCAGCUUGGCCUUGGACCAGCCCGACUGUGUGAGCGGUACUUGGCAUCCUUGUGGGUGUGCAUUUCCAUCCAAAGAGGGGUGUAGUUAAGAAGAGCUGUAGUGUUCAAGUAAGAUAAACAUUUAGAAGAAAUGUUCCUAAAAGAGAAGUGUCCUUUAUGCUCAUUUGAGGGAUUUAUGCAGUACCAUUAAGGUACCCUAACAGAAAGUGGCCUGGCUAACAGCCAGCGUCAGGACACAACAUGAGAAUCUGCUGCCUUGUGGACUUUAAGUGGUUUCUAUGAAAUUAUAUGUAAAGAAGAAUUAGUUUACACACUGUGGAACCUUGUAAUCAAAUGAGAAAAACCGUAUCCUCACCUUUAACAUGAGCAAAGGUGAUUUAAAUCAUGCCAUAGUCAGAGCAGUAGAGCAGCGGCUCACCGAAUACAUUUGGCCCCUUUGUGGCACUUGCUUGGAGUUUAAUUCCAAUCCGUUAGUUGGCUUCUCCUAUCGAUUCAAAGGCAUUUCUAUCUUGACCACUUUAUAACAAAAAAGCAAAAACUGUUGACUGAUUUACUUGCUGGGCCUUAAUGUUAUUUUUACCUAACAAACUGCCUCUAAGUUAUGCCUCUUUCUCCCUCAAAGGCAAGGUACUCCGUAAAUUUAUUUGGCACUUAAGGAAAAGUCUUUCUGGCUCUGGGCCCACACACGGUUUGUACAUCAUGAAAUAUAUUGUACAUUUUACAUAGUUUAAUUUAAAAGAAAAUACAUGUUAAGCUGGUUAAUCUUUGACUGCCUUAUUUAUUAUAACUUUUCAGCACAUUCCAAGGUUUUAGUUACUCAGGAAGGAGUUAAUUAAAAUGAUUUUAUUUUAGUCUGCUGGAUGUUUUUUAAAAAGCAAAAGUCACUAUUAUGAGCCUUUAGCCUACUUUGUGUUGAGUGCUGUGUAAGUGCUUGUAAAUCGUUUUUUUUUUUAAGAAGAAGAAGGAAAAAAAAAAGUUUGGUGUUUGACAUUAAUGAAAAUAAGAAAAUAUAUAAGGAACCAAAACAUUAGCUUAACUGAAAUGAAAGCAAUCUGUGUUUGGGAUGAAAUGUUCUUUAACUUAUUCAGUACCCACAUUAAGGGUAAAGGAAUAUAAAUAAGUUGGCCUUUUUUUCCAGUCUGUUGAUAGCUGAAAAUAAAACCUUGCAAUUCCACACA